CUGUCACUUUAAGUGUGGGCAACGGAUCCAAUAUAUUGAUACGCAUUUUAUUUCUCAACUGCUUAUAUUUAUUUUAAGUGUAAAAGACUGUGUACUACUAUAAUCAAGGCAUUAUUAGAUAAUUUUGUGUUAACGUCCGUUUAAGUGCAGAAAAACAUGAACUCAAUGCGCACUGUCUUUUUCUUGUAGCCUUACUGGAGUGCUGUCUGAAGCCUUGAGAUGCGGAUUGGGCUCGCGCUUUAGAUGUGCGCGCAACAAAACUUAUCAAACAACGCGGUAACUAAAAGAAGAAUUCAUCUUUUUACUGCUGACCUCAGUCCAGUUUUAACAUCCCUUGUUUCUCAACAACUGUUUGUAAAAUACCUAUUAUUCUUGUCUAGUUCAUUGUCAAAGUCUUAAUUAUCUUAAUAAUUGUAUUAUAUUUUGUAGUGUUUAAUUUGUGCGCCUUAAAAAUGACCCUCUGUCUGUUGAAUUUCAUGAAAGCUGGAUUCUUUUAACAUCACAGAACAUUUACUUUAUCACCAUCUCUCGUCCUUUCCCUGAGCUUUCUAUUGCUAUACAUCUGUGUGUUCUGUUUAUUGUCUCACCGCCCCGCCAAGUCCAGCUUGAAUUUUUUAUUAUAGUCAUCUUGUUCUUUUGGGAGUUUUCCCACUUAUCUCCAAGCAUCGGCUAUGUGGUCCAACCUUUUCUUGCAGCAAGAAGACGAAGGCAGAGGAAUGGCUGCAUUAGGUGGACUUGGAGUUAAGGUCGGGCGACCCAAUAAAAGAACGAGACAACAUCGGCUGAGUGACAGCUCGGAGGGCAAGAUCAAGCUGUCAUUUUUGGUCGCAGUCAUAGGUGUUACUCUGACGAUACUGGGUAUGGGCACAGAGUUCUGGGUGGAGCUAUCCCAACCAAAACACUUCAGGAACAACCAGACGUGUGAGAUGGCACAUUACGGCCUUUGGAAAUCAUGCGUGCGCACACUAUGGGUGUCAGACAUCGACCCGGAGAGAGAGUCCUGUGGACCGGUAGAACUGCAUGGAGAAUCAAACUGCACAUACUUUAAAUUCUACACUUCAGGGGAAAAUGGUGUUAUAUUUAAGAAAACGACAGAUAAAGGUCUGCAUAUUGCAGCUGCGAUGUUGGCUUUGUUCAGUUUGUUUAUGAUGAUCAUGGGCUCUGUGUGUAUCACAAUGUCACUCAGUAAAAGUGUGCUCUUCUUCUUGAAACCUGCAACCGUCUGCUUCGUCCUCUCAGGUCUUCUGGUAUUCCUCUCCCUCAUUGUUUUCCACCAAUCUGUACUGUCCUUUCUGGCGAGCGACCACAGUAUCCCUCUCCAUCACGAGAUGUCCUGGUCAGUAGCGUGUGUGGGUUCGGCCGGGGCCAUUCUCAUCUUUGCUGGGGUUUUGUUCCUGUUGCUUUCUCUUCCCUUCAGUCCUCUGGACAAAUGUUUCCGCCAGCAGAGCGAAAGCAAUGCUUAGCCGUGCCGGGACCGCCAGUGAGUUAAGCAGCAGAAGCUCUUUUAUAGUCCGCUGCUGCUCAAGAAUCAAUUCAUUGAUGUUAUAAAUAACUUGUGAACCAUUCAAUAUACAGAGUAGGGAAUUUUUAUAAUGUUUUGCACACUGGUAUUAGCCUUGCUUGUCAAUACGGUUUUCAGUACUUUAAAGCUUAUACUGUACAUGUCAGAAAUCAAACCGAUGUAACUUUGAUGGCUCUGUAUAUUAAGUCAGUGACCAACAGAUCUGUUUACUGUUUCAUUUACAUGACUUGCUGUGCUAUGACGCUUUGUCUAAUUAAUCUGCAUUGCUGAUACUUUAUUGUACGACAUAAGAAAAUGGCUUGAUUUUCUGUACAAAACGAAAUACAUUGAUUUCUUACUGCUUGCAUUUGUAUAUUGAAGGGGCAUAUCUCAUGCUUUCUUGAGAAAUAGCCCAUCCCUGCUUUAAUUUAGCAUAGCCAACAGCUAAUAGGGAUUGAUGCGUUUGCAUGACUAACGAAAGUGGGCCAGCACCACCAUUUCAUUGACUAGUGUUGGCUAUUAAAUCUGCGUAAUCUGACGCUAGUUGCUUAAUAAAGUCUUAGUAGUUAAGCGUGGUUUGGGCACUAGCACACCAGAUCACAUUACGUGCAGGGUUUUCAAUAAACAAUAUAACAGCAGACAAGACAUCUUAAACACAUAUUUAAUAGGAUGAGGUGUUAUUUAUACUUGCGUUGAUUUGUAUUAUGCAUAAACUAGAUGUGUUUCUAUUAAGUGUGAUGUGGAUAAAACAGAGCCACUGUUGAGCCACAAUUCAGUGUAAAUAAUUUGUGAUUAUAUUGUUGUCCGUUAGGUUUAAUAGAGCUUCAUCACAUCCCACGUUUCUUUAUUUACUCUAUCCAAACUUUCUCUAUUUCUUGUCACACUCUUUCUCUAGUUUUGCUUGAAGAUUAAAUCUCUUUCACCUAAGAAA